CUUUCUUUUCCCAGCGUUUUGCACCUGUUCUAUUUCAAUUACCCUAACGCUUUAUUAUUCUUUGUUGUGUGCUCUACCCUUCUGUUUCCACUAUUGUUCUAUCCUCCACCCACCGUUCGUGAAUGAGAAAUACUAGCCCAACCUCUAAUCAUGAACUCGACACUAAUAACAACAAUAAUAAGAUCAACAGCUCAAGUGCCAGCGUGAGCAGCAAAGGAGGCGCACACCAUGGAGGAUCCGCACACCAUGGAGGAUCCGCAGUCCGCAGCGGUCUCAGCAGCAAUCCCAUCGAGGAUAGUACCUCUGCAAGUGGCACCAAGGGUCGCUCCUCCUCCUUCAGUGCAGACUACACUUCGGCCGCAGCCAUGCUCUCUCAUAGAGUUGCUCAUGAAUCCGACGGCGAGAAUGAUCACAUUGACGAUGAUCAGGACGACAGUGAUCGCACAGAGGGUGAAAUAACCCCAGCAGCAAUCAAGACUCUGUCUAAAGCCAAAUCAAUGCGCAUUCCAACUCAUGAUAUUAGGAAUGAUCGCUGCCAGCAGCACGUCCAUCUCGAAGAAGAAGAUGUGGAAUUGAUCUUUAUUGGGUAUAAAUUCCAGAGAGUACGCAUAUAUUUAUAUUACCUGUUGUGUUUCCUCUCGGCAGGGAUAAUUUUCUUGCUUGGACGGUGGAUGCCCCGACGAUACAUUAAUUUUGUGGCCAAAAAGUGUGACAUGAGCAAAGCAGAAUGUAUCGUGGUUCAGAAUGAAUGGGGCCAGGUUUCAAUGGAACACAUCUUUACGAAGUACUAUGGUGGUUCAGUUGACUCAGUAUUUAGUCCUGAGCAGAUGGAAAAGCCCGAAAAUGACAAUAAUGCCAAUGAUGACAAUAGUAUUGACGAGAUAGUGACAUCCGGCAUGUUGCACGAUAUGCGCUAUUUUGACUAUCAAUACAUCCGGUUUAUCUACAACCCGACCGUACAGCUUUUUAUGCAAAAUUCAUACUGGAAAGACCCUGGGUGGACAAGUGUGGCCAAUUGUGAGCGAGGCAUUGGUAGAGAGACGCAUCAGGAACGUACCAUGGUAUUUGGACAGAACAUCAUUGAUGUUCAAGAAAAGACAGUUGGACAACUACUUGUGCAAGAGGUCCUUCAUCCGUUCUACGUAUUUCAAGUAUUUUCAAUGAUUCUUUGGUUCUUGGAUGAUUAUUACUACUAUGCUGCUUGCAUUUUUGUCAUCUCAACCGUCUCAGUUGUGACAGAGUUGGUAGAAACCAAGAAGACUAUGCAUAGGAUGCGUAAUAUGUCUCGCUUUACCUGUAACACUAAAGUCUUUCGAUCUGGACGAUGGCGUUAUAUUGGGUCUGAGGAUCUUGCUCCUGGCGAUGUUUUUGAUGUGACUGACUCCGAGCUUGCAGUGUUUCCUUGUGAUGCUAUUUUAUUGACUGGAGAUUGUAUUGUAAAUGAGAGUAUGCUGACAGGAGAGUCUGUACCAGUUUCCAAGAUACCUGUCACAGUAGCGGCUCUUCAGCAUCUAGAUUUGUCACUCUCAAACAUUCCUGCAGAAAUUGCUCGCCACUUCUUGUUUUCAGGUACAAAGAUUAUUCGUGCCAGGCCAGGAGCGCCACGGGACUCCGAGAAUACACAUGGACAAGAUGACGUUGACAUGGACCCUCAAGCUCGAGGUUUAGCCAUGGUAGUCAGGAUUGGAUUCAACACAACUAAAGGAACUUUGAUCCGGUCAAUGCUCUUCCCUAAACCCAAUGACUUCCAGUUUUAUCGUGACUCUUUCCGAUUUAUCGGCAUUUUAGCCAUCAUUGCCUGCUUGGGAUUCCUCAUUUCGACUAUAAACUUUGUAAAAAUGGGUGUUCCAUUCAAGAUGAUGAUUGUCAAGGCUUUGGACCUAAUCACCAUCGUUGUCCCGCCUGCACUACCAGCGACCAUGUCCAUUGGCACCAGCUUUGCAAUCGCACGCUUGAAACGCUUGAAUAUUUUCUGCAUCAGUCCGACAAGGGUUAACAUUGGCGGCAAAAUCGAUUGCAUGUGUUUUGAUAAGACUGGUACGCUUACUGAAGAUGGUCUUGACAUUUUGGGCAUUCAAUGUGGUGACAGCGCAACUGGGGAAUUCGCAGAAAUGCUCUCUAGCGUAGAGGAGAUGCAAAAAGCGCCAAAAUCGAUCCUGGAAAAGACCAUGCCUAUGUUGUUUGCUAUGACUACCUGCCAUUCUGUCAAGUCUGUUAAUGGUGAACUCAUUGGUGACCCUCUGGAUCUCAAGAUGUUUGAGUUCACACAGUGGAUUUUGGAGGAAGGUGGAUUGGGCGCCAGGACUGCAAAUAUCCCUGAAUCAUCGCAAGGCGCCGCGAAAGGAGACGUGGGUGGUGUCGUUUCAACUGUUGUUCGGCCUCCUGGAGGAAAGCAAUUUAAUUUGGAGGAAGUCAUCGCCAAACAUAAUAACGCCGAUAAGGAUAUAAGCAAUUCACCUACCUUCUUAGAAUUAGGCAUCAUCCGCUGCUUUGAAUUUGUUUCUUCCUUACGUCGCAUGAGCGUGAUUGUGAAACGCCUGCAUAACCCUGGCAUGGACGUUUUCGUAAAGGGAGCGCCGGAAGUUAUGACUGAUAUUUGUCAAAAGGAUUCAUUACCUUCGGAUUAUGCCAAGCGUCUUGCCUAUUACACGCAUCACGGAUAUCGGGUCAUUGCUUGCGCGUACAAGGCAAUGCCAACGUUGAAUUUCGUCCGUGCCCAAAGAAUUAAACGUGAUCAAAUCGAGUCCGAUUUAACAUUUCUGGGAUUCAUUAUCUUUGAGAACAAACUCAAGCCAACCACCGCGCCUAUCGUGGCCACCCUGGGAAAUGCUCGCAUUCGCCAGGUGAUGUGCACAGGAGACAAUGUUCUCACGGCUAUUAGUGUCUCGAGGGAAUGUGGGUUGAUCAACAGAGCACGCGAGGUAUAUACACCUAGAUUUGUUUCUGGUGACUCUACUACAGAAAACUCGGAGAUUAUUUGGGAAAAUACGGAAAACGAGCAUAUGAGGUUGGACUCGGUCACACUGAAGCCCAAUAAUAAUUGGUCGGACGACUUUAGCAACGGACCUGAAUUCCCUCGAUACAGCCAAAUGAUGAACGAUUACGCUCUUGCUGUGACUGGAGACUGCUUUCGAUGGAUGGUUGAUUAUGCUCCAACAUCGACCCUAAACAGGAUGCUUGUCAAGGGACAGAUUUUUGCUCGUAUGUCUCCGGAUGAGAAGCAUGAGCUUGUUGAACAUCUUCAGGGCAUUGGCUACUGUGUGGGCUUCUGCGGAGAUGGUGCAAAUGACUGUGGAGCUCUCAAAGCCGCAGAUGUUGGCAUCAGUUUAAGCGAAGCUGAAGCAUCCGUUGCAGCGCCAUUCACGAGUCGAUCGAAUGAUAUUACAUGCGUCGUUAAGGUUAUUCAGGAGGGUCGUGCUGCUUUGGUGACGAGCUUCAGUUGCUUCAAGUAUAUGGCCUUGUAUAGUAUCAUUCAGUUUACGACUGUCAGCUUCCUAUAUGCAUUUGCAUCAAAUUUGGGUGACUUUCAGUUCUUGUACAUCGAUCUAGUGCUUAUUUUGCCAAUUGCAGUUGUCAUGGGCCGUACAGAGGCAUACCCUAUCUUAAGCCCCAAGCGCCCGACUGCUAAUUUGGUUUCAAAGAAGGUGCUCACGUCUUUGAUUGGACAGAUCAUGAUCCAAUCCCUAUUUCAAGGAUUGAUGUUUAUACUUGUACGACAUCAGCCUUGGUACACUCCUCCCGAGUAUGAUAGUGAAGAGAAGAACAUCGAGUGUUAUGAGAACACAGUCCUGUUCUUGCUUUCAUGCUUCCAAUAUCUACUCGUAGCCAUUGUCUUUAGUGUUGGACCUCCAUACCGUAAACCGAUGUCCUCUAAUCGGCCGUUCGUUAUUAUAACGAUUACUUUAAUCCUUACUUCGACGGUCAUGGUUAUGUUCACUAUCGGCUGGCUCGCGGACUUUAUGCAGUUAGUGUAUAUACCAAUCAGUUUCAGAAUUGGAAUUAUGAUCAUGGCGGGCUUGAAUUUGGGCGUGUCUUUACUAUGCGAGCAUUUUGUGUUCCCAAUCAUUUCCCGCUGGAUCGGACAGUGGUUGAACGCAUGGAAGGCCCGCCGUGAGGUGCGUCAUGCACAGCAACAGCAAGUCGCUGCACCACCAUCUCAUGAACGGCAGAACAUUGGGGCAGGAUAUGGAAGUCAAUCUGUUACUGGUCCAUCAAUUGUGGUUGUGCAGCAGCAAGGAACUAUGGAUGAUGGCCAUGGUGAAUAUACUGAGGAAUAUCUAAAUGGCAGCAGUCAAGCUGGGACGAAGAAAGCGCGAAGCAAGAAAACUUCGCUGAAGGUUUAUAAGAUGGUAGAGAAGGAGAUGAUGGAACCAUGAUAGAGAA